ACUGAGAGAAAGCAGAAUCAAAAUGAAGAAGUUUCUUGUGUUGGUCUCCUUUUUGGUCCUGCUGACCACUGUUACAGACACCUCACCAAUUUUGUCUGAAAAAGAUGCCAAACAGCUGCUGAGGACUCGUCGUGAAGAGAGACCAAGAAAAGCUGGUUUCCCUGAUGAACCAAUGAGGGAGUACAUGCUUCACCUCCAGCGCUUGGAGCAGAGAUCAGAAGAGCAAUUCCUUGAACACUGGCUGAAUCCUCAUUGCCUCCCACACUGCAACAGGGACCUGGUGCACCCAAUCUAAUGGCAUUGCCCACCCUCCAACUGAUCUCCACAUGAUUACAGAGGACAAGUUUAUUCCUGCAUUGGCUACGUGCUCACUGUAGAGCAGAACCUCUCUGCAAUCCUCGUGGUACAGCAGAAAUUCCAGCUCUGAGUGGCCUGAUGAGCUCUAGAUCACCAUGCAUUUGCUACCAGCAAUGAUUGCAUGCAUGAAUAACUGAAUUGAGGGUUUCCACAGUUUCUGAGGUAUGGGCAGCUGAUUAGUCCUAGAGUGUCCUUUCAAGGGCACAGGUUUAGACUGUCUGAAGCAAGAGGAAUUUGGAGGGAGAGGUUAAUAGGAAAUUGCAGAAUAGCAACAUGAAGAGAAGGCCAGCUUUCUGGGCUUUGGAGGAAUCCUUAAUUACAGUUUUCUAGGUUAAAUAACAAUAUUUCAUGAAGACACAACAUUUAUGUAACACUAUUUCCUACUGCUUGAUGAGUAUUUCAUGUAUUGUUUCAUAAUAAAAGCUUGACUCAAUUUCA